AUGGUGGUAAAUACUGCUCAUCGCUUUCAGCAUAUUCAGCUAACAAAAUGGUAUGAUCCCCAUGAUAUCUCUGGUUUAAUGCUUGUGUUGCUUUAUGCCCUUGGCACUAUUAAUAUUAAGCCUGAAAUUCUUCUUACUGUAUUAGAUCCCACUGGAAUACGGGCCAUAUACAAUUAUGAUAAAAAAAUAGAUUUAAAUGCCACUGUUAAAAUCCCAACUUUAGAAUCCUUAGUAGAGUUUUUGAUAAAUUCCGAUGAGGAAGAUGCUGCAUUGAGCUUAAUAAGGGCACUCGAUCAAAUUCCUAGUAUACAUGGUUUAAUUCAAUUGGGUAUAUUCUUUAAAAAGGGAGUUAUUUUGGACUCCAUGAAGGAAAGGCAGGAGCCCUUUUUUAAGCGUGGCAUUGGAAAAAGGUCCCUUUUCUAUGUUUUGUUAUCGAAGAAGUUUAGGGGAUUCAACGACAUGUAUCUAAGUGGUGAUAUGAAUCAGAAGUGGAAGGAAUUGGAAAGCUAUAGAUUACAGUUCCAGGUUACACCAGUUUGGUUUGCCAUUCGUUCCCAGCUUCCUCCCAAAAUCGCCUUUUUGACUAAGGUAUUUAAUGAGACUGACGAUAAUAAACUACCGAUUCCCAUACUUUCAGAACCUCAGGCUAGAGAGGAUGAUCGGAUUUAUCCAUGGAUACUAGCUACUAGAGAGAGAUAUGAGAACGUUGUGAACAUGGAGCUAACCAAGAUUAACACCUAUUCGCCUCCAGACUUAACGAUUCCGGAAAGACUAGUGAAGUAUACUAGUUUGCAUCAGCGUACCAUGUUUCCUAGUGUUUUAAUGAUACAGUAUACGAUUUCCCUACUUAAUAGAAACUAUCAAGAGAGUCAGUAUCUUCUGUUCCGAAUCUUUGAUUACGCAGGAUCUAGCUUUGAAACUUCGCAAACAUAUGAUUCAGCUAGUGGGCCUUUGUUCAACUCAUUUAUGUUAAGUCAUCUAUUUCGGGCAUGCGGGACGCCGCAGGCGGCAGUAAAGAGAAUAGAGCAUGUAGUUAAGUUGGUUAGAGAGCAUGGAUCGCUGACUUCCGUGCAGCCAAUGUUAUAUUCGCUAUUCAUUUUCCUAAAAGACUAUCCCCAUUUAACCGAUAAACUUCAAUCAGCCAUAAGCCAUCUCAAAAAGUACUUCGAGAACACUGCAAGAAACUCAUUAACAAGCAUCAAGUUUUUAUCCUCAAUUGAAUCCCUUGUACAACUUACGCAUGAAGCCUACGUUCCCCAGGCUCUUGAGAACGCCUAUAAAACCCGUAUGCUUUGUAUGCUAGACGAUAAAAGUCGGCAGACAGAAAAUAUUGACCCAUUUGCCAAUACGGUAGAGAUUUGGAACAGAAUAGGUAUUAGUGAAAUACCACCCUGUUAUUCGAUAUAUACUACUAGAAUCAGAGACUACUCUGAGUAUCGCGGUACAUUUUCCGAGGUCUUGGAAGCUUUGAACAAAGGAAACGAUGCUCCUCUAUAUUCGUGCAAUAUAGAAUAUUGGCCAUAUGAUGAGCAGCAAAAGGUCAAACGAUUACGAAUUCAAUACCUUAGAAAGAUUGGAGAAUUAGACGAGGCAAUGACGUUGGUCAACCUUUACAUUGAGGAAACCAAAUCCAAGAUAAUUGAUAAAUAUUGGGAAUUUAAAUUAAUGAAAGAGAAGGUUUAUUUAUUGCUAGAAUGCAAUAUGGCGGCUCGCUCAAUUGCCAUUAUAAUGGCUAUGAUAAGCGCAGCUGACAAGUGUAAAAACGGAUAUCAACUUGCUCAAUGCUUUGUACUUUUGUCAAAAGCCCUUGUAGCUUUAUGCAAGUACGAUAUUGCUGUACAAUUGAUGAGGGGGAACAUGUAUACCGUUUUCCAGCUCAAUGACAGGGAAUUAGAGAAGGAUUUUAUUGAUAUUUAUUAUAUCGCAUUGGAGAACAGUGAACCCGUCAAGAAAGGAGCAACCCUUGAACAGCUAGCGAAGCUUCGCAAACAUUAUCAUUAUACUUAA